CGGUCUGCGUCACACCAAACGAAGAGCAUCACAAACACCGGGAAUCUUCCCCUGGCUUCAGACUGUCCACUUUCACAUUUACCGCUACCCCAGUAAUCACUCCUUUUAAUGGCGCCCUAUGCUUGAGAGCAAAACAAUACACAUUAACCUGACCCCAGACUUUUGAAGCGAAGCGCCUGCUUCAAUCUGGCCCAACACAGAAACACAAACAAUCACAAGACCACUUCGGGUUUCCUUCACCGAUUCCAUACCACCCAACUCAAUUUUCACCCACCCUGAAAACAAAAAUGGAUCCGCCAAAAGGUAAGGGUCCACUUUUUCCGUAAUGUCACUCCUACGGUCACAGACUAAUCUUUAUCCUAACCCUCCGUGUAAAUCCUCUGGCUCCGAGAACUUCACACCUACCACCUCCGAUUCUUCGCCCUCAAUCACUUUCAUUUAUCCUGUCUUCGAUCCAGUGUACAGAUCACACUUUCUACAAUUAUUCAACAAACCAUCUCCCCUUUCCUCCACUUUUGACCAAUUCAAACUCACCUUCCUCUAUUUUUCCUUCCAUUCGUCCUCCGUAAUCCAAGUAUAUAUCUCCUGAUAAAUCUAGGACGCCAUUCCCCAAUCGCCCCAGCCUUCUGCACCCAGAUGCGACACACACUUCAAAUUUGAUCACCCCAAACAUUUCCCUCAACAAAAAUAAUGUUAACUCCUUAUCGGUCAUAACACUGUAAAAACGCAGCGCGUAAGGCACCUAAUGUGGUGCAUAACUUGACUAGAAAGCUAUCUAGCAGAAAAACAACCUCCGUUCGCUCCGUUUACAACAUAAUAUGCACGCUGUAUUUGUUUGAGAUCAGAAUCCAUUCACCCAUGUGAUGGGCUACAUUUCAAACAUUGUUUUCUACAUAAUAAAUGCGAAUAAACUGGAACACUGCCAGACAGUUGGCUAAUGGUAUGGUCUCUGCUAGCCGAACAUGCUGUCUUAACAAAAUGUAUGGUGUGAAUGACGUUGUUUUGCUCACUUGAGAGAUGCCGCAAGAGUUUAAAAAUAUAUAUAUAUAUAUAUAUUUCAGUUGAUUGAUCCAACCCGCAUCCCGUACCCCGGCUCGAGUUAACUAGAUACAUUUACCAAAAACAUGUAUUAAUUUCAGUCUGUCGCCACUGUCUGCAGAGAGAGACGAGUAAUGUCGGUCCUGACUACCGUUCCUUCCCAACCCAACGAUAACCAAAAGUGAAAUUACGUAUCAUUAAUCUGAACAAGGAUAACAUCGACGAAGUAUUGACAAUAAAACACCUGAAUCUGACUUACAUUGAAAUCACCCUUCGCGAGUAGGUCCUUUCGAAGUAUGUCGACGUGGGGGAUGGGGUGUACAAAUUAUUAUAGAACAGCAUUAUUACAUGUAGUAAAAUAAGAUCAUGAGGCAUCAUUGUUGAUAGUAGUCAUUGACAAUAAUAAUAGCAAUUGAGCUCUGUUUACAUGCAUUUUUCUAUCUGAAUAAAAUGUGCAAUGUAAAAAUAAAACAUUGACCGUUAUCAACACUAGCAAUAUUGACUCGUUUAAUAACCACAGCCAAAUGUGCUGUUUUGUAGAUUGGCAUAUGUACUGUUGAUAAUGGGAUAUGUAGAUAGGGCGAGUCGGUCAAGGAUCGAUUCGGACAAGGUGGUCAAUUAUGUGACAAGCGACAGUUUAUUCAGAGUAAAGAUAUCUGGUACAACGUAUACGGGCUCAUUCAUUUGGCUCACAAGGAACCAGCAGAAAGAAGCCCCGAUAACAGAUUGCAAGCAUGUUAUGUACAGUACAGAAAGUAGGUUGAGUCUGGAAGUCACAGUCUUUUGGUUGGCCACAGUUGAGGUGUUGUCUUCUUGGAUUGGUCCUGUUGAGCCGUCCGUCGUUCCUCCGGGUCUCGUCGGGCUGUUCUCAGUCGCACAAUGUUCGGCUAGGAAGGAGAUUGUGUGUGUGCUUGUGUCUGCAAGUCAAGGCUGUGUCUCUUCCUCCCAAUGUGUGGGUGUAUGUCUUAUCUGUGUGUCCUCGGCAGUUAGUGUGUGUAUGUGUGUGUGUGUGUGGGAGCUAUCCUGUAGGGGACCCAACAUGCUUUACUGUGAAAAUACGUUGCUAUGUGUUGUCUCAGUUAUAACAAUGCAAUAGCAGUAAUGUCACCUACAUAAGAAUUAGCAGUCCUCUACAGUACCAGUCCGCUUUACAGUAAAACAAAAUAUGAUGAUACAGGUUAUUGAAAUGAAAUGCAUUUGGACUCGAUAGAACCACGGAGAGAAUUGGGUAGUGGUGGAUAAUCGACUCCAAAAUAAUCGAUUCCUCAACUCCUUGCCUGUCGACUCCCUUUCCUUGGUGUCAAGCUUCGACUCCUAAAAUUCAGGAGGGAACUAUUUCCCGGAGAACACAAACUCUAACAUUUCAAAGAAUAGGCUUAACAGCAUCGAGUGCGCAGUAUCAUCCAUCACAUGGGAUCUGUGGAGGCUGCACACAGCAGAAAUAUCACUGAAAUAUUAUAGAUGUAACUUCUUAUGUAACGGAUGUGAAACGGCUAGCUUAGUUAGCGGUGUGCGCUAAGUAGCGUUUCAAUCGGUUACGUCACUUGCUCUGAGACCUUGAAGUAGUAGUUCCCCUUGCUCUGCAAGGGCCGCAGCGAUGGGGCGAUGGGCAGAAGGUCCCUGGUUCGCGCCCGGGUAUGGGCGAGGGGACGGUUUAAAAUUAUACUGUUACACUUACACAUCACCUUCUAUAAUCAAACAAAAUAGUCAUUUAAUAUUCAACUGGUAGGGAUCAUGCUCUUGCCAGUCCUCUGAAACGCAAAUAUAAUCUUCCUACUAGGACUGCAAUAAUGAGGUGGUGCGUACAUGUGUGUGCAUCCUUUUCAGCAUGUUUUUGGAGUUGAGCAAGAGCCGAAUAAGUGGCGACUCAUUUCAACUCCGAUCACAGGAGUCGGAGUCAACUCCAAAAAUCCUGAAGUCGGGCACCACUGGAACCGCGUUCAUCAAUACAAAACUUUUUACAUUAUUUGAUUUGAUUUAACCUUUAACUAGGCAAGUCAGUUAAGAACAUAUACGUUUUUACAAUGACGUCUACCAAAAAGCCUCCUGCGGGGACGGGCCCUGGGAUUAAAAAUACAAAAUAAAUCAGGAAUUUCUAAGUCAUGGCAUUUCUAUCUGCAACGUUUUUGUAACGAACAUGACCUCCUCACAGGAGGGUAAGGGUUACCCGUUUAUCACCAGUUUUAUUAUGAGCCAAUAGUAUCUUGACAUGUAGAAUUUUAACCAAUUGAAUGAUAAUGCACAUUAAGGGUCGAGUCCCUUUCAAUGAAAAGCACUGUCAAUGUGUUUGCCACAGUCAUAUCACACACAUUCAUAUAAGAAAAUAGUGAAAUACCAUAAAAACAAGGGUGUCGUUAACUUGUUUGUAGAUGUGUAGGCUAUUCUUAAAAUACAUUUUCAUUGUUGCACACCUUGAUUUAGGCCUAGGUGGUUUUACUAUUGUUUGUGUUGGGAAAUUUUUGUGUUCUUAUUUAUAUCUCAUUUAUUGUAUGUAUUUAUUUUCCUUAAUGUCCUUGUCUCUUAUCCAAUUUAGCUUUUAGUAUUUAGCAUCCCUGAUAUACAAAAACAGUGAUUGCUGCUCUUAACAUGUGAAUAAGGACAUUUAGCCUUGUCAUAUUGCAGUUGCACCUUACACAACAGCAGCAAAGGUUGAGAAUAGACAUUCUCAAAUCUUAUGUUAGUCAAAAACUCAAUCAUGGCUUCUUGGCUGGAGAGUUGCUGGCUGGCUGUGUGACGUCUCACUGAGCCAGCUUAGAGGGUGAGGUCAGGUCUGUCAGUUUCUUUAAGCUCCGGAACCCAGUCUCACCUUCAAAGUCCCAGAGCCUAUUUUCCAUGCUCGGAGGGAAGAAGGUUCCAGAGGAAAGUGUUUCGGGUGGGCCACAGAAAGGAGAUGACCCUCCGCUGGUUGUCCACCCAACUUUGGAGACACCGUGUGAUGGGUCUCCUGAUGGCUUUGUGUGUCACCUUGUUUCUCAUGCUCCUGGCUACUCAGUCAUUGCAGCAUCCAAGCCACUAUGGUGGGCACAAGGGCCAUAAGGUGAAGAAGGGAGCACUUUCCGACAAUGCUCCUCCAAACACCCCCGUCCCAUCCCACACUGCCCCUAACAGCAGGAAGGAGGUUCAGACACCCAAUCUGCAGCAUCAAAGAGAUCCCAAUGGGUACACCUUUAUGAGGACAAGGAGGAGCCCUCCACCUGUAGCUUUCCUCAAAACACACAAGACUGGAAGCAGCACUGUUCAGAAUCUGAUGUUCCGCCUUGGGGAGAAGGAGAACCUCACUUUCGCCUUCCCCUAUUACGCAUACCAGUUCAGCUACCCAGAUAGGUUCCGAGCAGACUUUGUAGAUGAGCUGCCACCGGGUUCCUCUCAGUUCGACAUGCUCUGCAGCCACAUGCGGCUGGACCUGGGACAGGUGAAACAGGUGAUGCCCAGGAACACCAUCUAUAUCACCCUGCUGCGUGAUCCUCUACAUACUUUUGAGUCUGUUUUCAGCUACUACACUUCCACUGUACCUGCCUUCACUCUAGCCAAAAAGGCAGCUGACACAGCUAACAGGAAGUCAGCCCUCUCAGUCUUCCUGGAGGCCCCAGAGUCCUACUGGGACCCUACAGAACCUGGGAAUGGCCUAGCCAGGAACCCUAUGAGCUUUGACCUGGGCCUCAGCAGCCAAGAGUGGAACGCAUCCUGGCCCAUGGAGCUGACUCAGCUGGAGGAGGCAUUCCAGCUGGUAAUGAUUGCUGAGCACUUUGACGAGUCUCUGGUUCUCCUGGGGGCUCUGCUGCAGCUGGAGCCUGAGGAGCUGGCCUAUGUGCACCUGAAUGUCCGCGCCCCCUCGGACAUCACCCCGAUAGAGGACGACACCAAGGCCAGGCUCUGGGCCUGGAACAGUCUGGAUGUGCUGCUCUACAACUUAUUUCUGCAGGUGUUCUGGGAGAAAGCUGAGCAGUAUGGCCUGGGGAGACUGAAAAGGGAGGUGAACCUACUGAGGGCCUCCACACAGAGGCUCAGACAGAAGUGUGUGGCCAGAGGAGGAGUGCCCCCUGGUGAGCUGGAGGACCUGGUCAGGCCCUGGCAGACCGACACAGUCACCAUCCUGGGAUACAAGGUACGAGGGAACCUGACUCUGCAGGAAGAGGGGCUCUGUGUGCGACUAGUGCUGCCUGAGCUACAGUACCACUCUCACCUGUAUUUCCAGCAGUAUGGCCAUGACAUGAGGUCCAUACCUACAGACUAAUGUGCAGCACUUUCCCUUUUAGAUACUACACUGCUCAGAAUUUCUGCUUUUGAUGCAUUUUUCCAAUAAACCAGAAAUACUAACAUU